AUGGCGCCUUCAGCAGAAAAAGACUCAGCGGAAGCAAAAAGAGAAGAUGGCGCAUCGACGCCAACGCAGAAGGAUCCCGGCCAUAUCAACACCAACGAGGUUGACGACCUCGUUGAACCCGACGACCCUGACUCCGCAUCCCGCUGGUUUUGGGAAAGGAAGAAUCGCAAACCGGUUGACCUCGAUGCCAUUGCGACUAAGCGCAGCGUUUUCGAUGAUCCGGCCCUGGCGCAUUUCUACCUGCCCCGGUCUGAUCAUGAGAAUAUCCACCGCUUCUCGAUUCCCUUCCGCUGGACCUACAGAGAAGAGCAGUCGGUGCGACGGAAGACGGACAUCCGCAUAUUCCUCUGGAUCCUGGUCAUGUUUUUCGCACUCAACAUCGACCGCGGGAACCUGUCCAACGCGGUGGCGGACAACCUGCUGGACGACAUCAACAUCAGCACCAACGACUACAACAACGCGCAGAACAUGUACCGGGUCGGGUUCUUGGUCAGCGAGAUCCCGUCGCAGAUGAUCGGCAAGUGGCUGGGGCCGGACCGGUGGAUCCCGUGCCAGAUUGUGCUCUGGAGCGUGGCGUCGGGCGGGCAGUUCUGGAUGACGGGGAAGGCGAGCUUCUUCGCGUGCCGCUUCCUGAUCGGGCUGUGCAUGGGCGGCUUCAUCCCGGACGCGGUGCUGUACCUGUCGUACUUCUACACCAAGGCCGAGAUGCCCAUGCGGCUGGCCUUCUUCUGGUUCGUCGACUCCAUGUCGGGCGUCGUGGCGUCCUUCAUCGCCUACGGCGUGCUGCACAUGCGCGGCGUGCACGGCCGCGAGGGCUGGCGCUGGCUGUUCCUCGUCGAGGCCGUCAUCAGCCUGGCCAUCGGCCUGCUGAGCUUCGUCUUCCUGGUGCCGGGCCCGACACAGACGCGCACGUGGUGGAAUCCGCGCGGAUACUUCUCCGAGCGCGAGGAAAGCGUCAUCGUCAACCGCGUGCUGCGCGACGACCCGUCCAAGGGCGACAUGCACAACCGCCAGGCCCUCACGCUGGGCAUGCUGUGGCGCAGCCUGCGCGACUACGACCUCUGGCCCGUCUACGCCAUCGGCAUCCUGUUCGAGAUCCCGUCCGCGCCACCCAAGGCCUACCUCAGCCUGACGCUCCGGCAGAUCGGCUUCAACACGUUCGAGACGACGCUGCUCGGCAUCCCCGUCACCGUCUACGCGGCCCUCAACAUGCUGCUCAUCACGUGGCUGACGGAGCGCGUUGGCCAGAUCGCCCUGCUGGGCCUGCUCGCCCAGCUGUGGAUCCUGCCGCUGCUGGUCAUCGAGUACACGUCAGCCGGAUCGCUGUCGCACUGGGGCCAGUACGUCGUGCUGCUCUUCCUGCUGGGCCAGCCGUCGGUGCAUGCCGCCCAGGUCGGCUGGUGCUCGCGCCUCAGCAACGCCGUGCGCACCCGCGCCGUCAGCGCUGCCCUGUACAACAUUACUGUGCAGUUGUCCGGCAUCGCGUCGUCGAACAUCUAUCGCGCCGAUGACAAGCCGUUGUACAGGCGCGGUAACAGGGAUCUCAUCGGCAUCACGAUCGGGACCAUCGGAGCGUAUGCAUUUGCCAAAGCCUAUUAUUUGUGGCGGAAUAAGACGAAGAGAGCGAAGUGGAACGCAAUGACCAUAGAGCAGCAGCAGCAUUACUUGGCGAACACGACGGAUCUGGGGAACAAGCGAUUGGAUUUCAUGUUUGAGAGCUAG